GGGAGGGGGGGUUCUUGGUUGGAUCUCCCCCUCGUGCGCUCGCAGGGGCGCACUCGAGGCUGUGACACUUCAGAGAGCGCGGAGCAUCUGCGGGGGACCGGGGGAUAUUACCCCCCCCCCCCCAACUCUAAUUAUCGCCGUUUCGAAAAUGAAAGUGGUGCGUAAAAACGUCUGUUUGCUGUGCGUAACAGCCAGCGACAAACUUUGGAUUAGGCAAUAGAUGGAACUCAAAUUCUCUAUUUUAUGACAUUUGUCAGUAUGCCUCUUUAGGUUUGGACAAACGUCAAUAGUCGACUUCUUGACCGCCCCCUCCCUUUUCUUUUCUUUUCUUUUCUUUUUUCUUUUGACAAAAGCUUUUUCUUAUCUUAAUUCAGUCAUGGCUUACUCUCAGCUGGGAUACUCCUACUCCACUCCACCACAGUUUCUGAUGACCGCGAGCCCCCUCGCCGGCUGUCUGGAGCCCGGAUCGCCGCCGCCGUCCCACCCGGCGCUGCGCUCCGCGGGCCACCAGCUCACCUCUGGCCACAGCAUCGGCGUUUGCAGCCCUUACGCAAAGCGCCAAGCUUACUAUAACACCUGCGCUGGCGACGCCACAUCUCUCUAUUCGAGAGGACCACUACAGCCUAAAGGGGCGGCUGCAUCAGUGCACAUGGGGACCUCUCAGACAGCUGCCUGCUAUCCUUAUGAAUACACGAUCGGCCAUUAUUCUUACGACAGAUAUGGUUACUCCUCCUCAGAAGGAGCUUCACGGCGUAAAAACGCGACCCGGGAAACGACCGGCACCCUGAAGGCCUGGCUGCAGGAGCACCAGAAGAACCCUUACCCAACGAAAGGAGAGAAGAUCAUGCUGGCCAUCAUCACCAGGAUGACCCUCACCCAAGUGUCGACGUGGUUUGCCAACGCCCGCAGGAGGCUGAAGAAGGAGAACAAGGUGACGUGGUCACCGCGAGCUUGUAAAAGCUCAGACGAUAGAGGCCGCGACGAAGACAGCGACGAAGCAGAGAAGUCACAGAAAGGAGACAAAGACCAUCCAGAUCAACAAUCUGCCGACCUGCAGAGCGAUCUUGAAGACUUUGACCUCUUGGAGUCCGACGCGUCCGACUGCGAACCGAAGCCGGCGUUUCUACGGGAGGACAACGAAGUCGAUUCAAACGUUCCACCCGGUCACCUCGCGUACAACCCGGAGCCGCUGCACAGCUCAGACAGAUUGUCUCCGGACUUCUCGAAAGUCACGGCGGUUCGAGACCAGAACGCCUUCUUUUCAAUGCCAGAUGUGCACGGGACGGAAAACAAAGCCAAAAUCUGGUCCAUCGCGACCACGGCAGCGUCUCUGGAUCCCGGCUUGGAGCCAGAAUAUCCGCCCUGCAUGCUGGCGACCGGCUCAUCCUCUCCUCCCGGCUUUCCGUCCAACAUGGCGCUGCCUAAAGCGGACGGGAAGCAGGAAUCACCGGUGGACACGCUCAGGGAGUGGGUGGACGGCGUUUUCCAUGCCGCGCCAUUCCAUCCCGCAAAGGCUUCCGCCGCGCCAUGGAGCGCUUUGAAUGACGCGGCCGUGAGUGGUGGAGCACAAGGACAACCGUUCGCACUCGUGAGAUCAACCUCCUCUUUGUCGUAGUCAAGCCAACGCUGACAUUUUCAAAGGCUGCUGGACUCGUGAUGUCAAGUUUAUACUUUUUGGUGUUGUGACCGAUUUGGGUCUUCACAAGAAUCCACAUUGUUGUCGUUGUGUAUCACCGCAAAGAUGCCCCGGGGGGUCAGAUGAGUCACUUUGAUGGCCCAAAAGAAUCUUAUCAUUUGUUGAUCUUGUUCAUGACUUAAAAGUUUGCCGCACGUUCCUAUCACCAUAACAGACAUGCCCUGAGAUGAUUAAAAACACUACGACUGAAUAUUUCCCAGUUGAGUCACUGCAGAACAUGAAUCCCGAAAAGAUCUUGGUCGACACUCAAAGUCACACGAUCCGGAGGGUUCUCGGAUUCACCGAGCAUCAACCGAAGACGCAAGAACAUCUUCCUGCCCUCACGUACACCAACGGCGCCCACAUUGUAACCUCUCGCACUUUCUGCUUGACGCGCACAAAUGAAGCCACAAGAAUAAAACGUUCAAUCUAGUGCCGUGUACCCGCACGUGAGUUUCCCAGUAUCGUCGCUCAGUUUUGUCAAUCCUCUAAAAACAAUGCGGUCCGU